UCAGCCAGCGCCCGCGGCAGCUCCUACCUCAGGCGCAGCCCAAGCAGGCGCGAUUCCCGCAACAUCCGGGGCUGCGCAUGUUGCUGGCAUGCGCUGCACCAGCAAUAAGGCUCCCAAUGUGUCCCACCGUGCGCCGCCUCCUCAGGCACCCGCGAUGCCUACUGCACUGAAGGAGAAACAGCUCGCCAACGAGCACUCGACCGCGCCGCUCACAGAUGACCAGGGGGCGCAGAGCGAGCGGCUGAUGAUCGCCCUGCUGGCCGUCUGCACGCUCAUCGCCGUCCUGGUCAUAGUCUAUCUCCUGCUCGUGCUGUCCAGGGACACCUGGCAUCACAACGUUUUCCCAACGCGGAGUGAUCCCGGAAUCAAUGCCACUGUCACCAGAAAACAAGGGCUCUCGAAACGUCGCAUAUUGAACAGUACCGACGAAGAUGAUCCGCACAGCCUCACGUACGACGGGUAUGAAAUUGAGCCUACUGUUGACGACGUGGACGAGACAACUGGAACCCGAUAGCUGAUGACGCAGUAGUGCGUGAAGAGCACAGGUGUAUGACUCACAACGUCGUCCCCGCCACCUGCAGAACAAAGAAAUAUUUUUGUUUCCCAUGCGAGCUUAUGGUAUCACUAAA